UACGUGACGCCUCCCGACCGCUGCCCUGCGGCCAUAGAGAAGAGUCCUCCGAGGAGCAGAGCGUCUCCACACCCCUCGAGCGCCUCUUCCGAUGCGUGGCUGAGGUUCCAUAGAGACGCGACUCAGCGGAGAGAGCGGCACAGGAAGUGGCGCCCGCGUGCCGGUCUCCAGGCAACGGCCGUCAACACAGCGCGGUGCGGCCGGAGCUGCGCGCCGCUAUCGGGUCUGCGGGCGGGACCGGCACCGGCACCGGGCUCCGUGCGCUCAGCUCGGCCCGGCCGCUCCCGGCGCCGCGACGCAGAUGAGCUCGGCGGGAGGCGAAGCAGCUCGGCGGGGCGACUGUGCAGGCACUGAAUGGCUGAGCUGCAGCUGGCUUUGUUUCCAUAUGUGGAUUCUGUGGCGGCAGCUGCUAAGCUCUCAGUGACAGGCAGUUAUGAUUCUGAAGCCUCAGUACAUCAGUCCACUCCGGAAAACCUAAAGAACAGUUGUCAGCAUGAAUUCCUAUCAGACAACGAGGAAAGCCUGAAGAAUCCCCGUGCCCGAAAGAGCCGAAGCUAUUCCUAUUCUCUUUCUGCAGAAAGCAAUAAGCACAGCUCUCAGCAUGGGGGCUCUAGCUCAGCUGGGAUGCAAAAAAAGCAUCUUGCCAGCCAGGUUAAGACUCUGCCCUCUAAAUCAGUAGCCAAACGGAAAGAAGGAGUGGAUCGUUCCUGUCCUCUGAAACCAAUUCUUCACCACAACACUGGGAGCCUUCCUGCAGUAAACACGGGACAGUUCGGGAGUUCCCCAUACAUGGAGGAAGCUCUGAAUAGUAGGACUAGCUCAAAGAGCAAAGGAAGGCAUCUGCCAGGGAAGCCUCAGCUAGCUGCAGUGUCCCCUCCUUGGACAGCAGAGACUAAACUAUCAGAUUCCUCUCUGUACAGGAGAGAUCUGGCUUAUAUCCUAAAGCUGGAGGCAGAUGGACAGGCCCUAGAAGAGGAAAUCCGAAAGAAAGAGGCUCUUCUCAGAGAGAAGCUGAGGAGAACAAAGGAGGAACUUAGGAGGAUUCAAAGAGAGAAGGAGUUGAUGGAGGCAGAGGAGAGAAGAGCCAAAGCAGUGGAGAGGACUCGCAGGCGAAAGGCCAUGUGGAACCCUGGAGAGGAAAACACAAGAUUCCCCAUCAAGAUGGGCGAUGGGGACUUUAGUGGGGUGCAGACUGCAGAGGUCACUGUCCCAAAGACUGGCACCACUCUCCAUCCCCAAGAGCUGGCUAUGGGGAAACUGAAGAAGGAACGGUUGGUGGCCAGCAACAACAAAAUUCGAGACUGCAUACCGGGGCAGGGUUCAGCCUCGUCCUCAGAGCUGGCCUUAAAAGGUGGCCCUUCUUCCUCUGCUCUCUCAGACUAUGGUGACCACCUGCCUGCGGAGAUGCCACGCGUGCAGGCUGCCAGCCCCACGGAGCAGGAGGAGCUUGAACAGUGCACUUUCUGUGGCCGCAAGUUUCUCUGCACCAGGCUCAAGAAACACAUGAGUAUCUGCAGCAAGAGCCAAGGCUCCAAGAGGAAAACAUUUGACUCCAGUAAGGCCAGAGCCAGGGGCACAGACCUGGAAGAGUUUCAGCAGUGGAAGGGCUCAGAGAAACCUCAGAAUAAGCCACCCAGAAGGAACAACUGGAAGCAGAACCAUGAGGCUUUCAUCCAGACCCUGCGCCACGCUCGACAGGUGCAACAAGUACUGUCCAAGGGAGGGAAGGUGUCUGACCUGCCUCCGCUCCCUCCCAUUGAAAAUCCAGACUACACUGCCUGCCCCUACUGCAGGCGCCGCUUUGCACCCCAAGUAGCUGAGACACACAUUCCCAAAUGCAAGAACAUCAAGAAUAGACCCUCAUUCCCCCCACAGAGGAAACGCUGAUAAGGCAGCUUUCUUUGUUCUCAACACUGGCUGUGAGUGUUGAGCAAGAUUUACAGUAAGUAAACAGUUCAGGACAUAUAAGCAGAAUAUAAAAGUUUCUGUACUUAAAUCUGUGUGCUGGAUUGUGAUGCCCUUCUGAGGGCUGCCUUCUCUACCUCUUCUCAUUUCCUACCAGCAGAAGAGUGUAAUGUACUACCAUUGAGAAAUCCAGGCAUAAAAAAUGAUGGUGUUAUUCAAUUAGGAGAAUUUGAGGCUACAUUAUUAAAUACUUUUUCAACACAUAAACCUCAGCUCAGAAAUUCAUGGGGGGUAGAAGAACCAGCAGCAGCAGCACUUACUGUGCAGGUCCGUAUGUCAAUUCACAUACAUAGGACAGCAGAGAUGCUCUGUACUGGCCAGGCCCUUCAGGCAGCAGAACAGCCAUGUCAAAGUGAUUACAUACUAUGUACAAUAACCGGGACUUGGACUUGGGAAAGAGGAGAAGAAAAACAUUCAAUUAAAGAAUAAUGCCACACAAGAUCAAAAAAUAGGCCAUGAAUAAGCUUAGACUGGAAAUUAGUUUUCUAAUCAGAAGAGUGAGGUCAUGGAAAAAUCUUCCAACUAGGUUAGCAGAGGCAAGGAACCUACAUUGUUUCAGGAUGGACUUUUGAGAAGAUCACGGAGGGGACUGUACUGCAGGAGUAAGAAACAAAUGCUCCGUGUCACAGUUCUUCAUUUCCAUCUUCAGGCUCAUGAUAAAAAGUGCAAAUAACAACCAGCGAUAGUACUGUACUUCAGUGCAUCACUUUCAGGAGCUGAGAAGGAAUUUCCACAGCCACCUCCCCUUGAUUCCUAACAUAGCUUCUAUUUACUUUCCACCUAAAACAUUCAAGAACAGCUACAGCUAGAAACCAAUACAGUAAUAAAAUAACCAAGCAGUACAUUAAGGAACUUCACAACAGGCAGUGCAACAGGUAAAUCAACAACUAGAUUUAAUAUCAAAAAGAUGGAGUUUACUUGCAGGUCAAGGUAAUAGGGACCUCUGAAACAGGGCUUUAACCCUUCUUUAAGUCAUCUAUUUUGUUUCCAUUUUGUAUGCUGCAAUUGUAGGUGAUCGUGACAAAAAUCUGCCCCUUCUUGGGUGAGGUGCAAGGGAGUUGUUGGUUAUUUUGGCCUUAUGCUGAAGGGCUUUGUUUGUCACAAACUAUUAAAGGGUCUUUGGGGGGGAAUAGAUGUCCUACAGACUUGGAGAAGGGCAUCUGCUCCAAAGUGGUAACAGUUGCUGCAUAUUUGUCUUUUUUUUUCCAGAUUCUGAUUUUCAGACUAGUCUAAUAUUAGCCUAUUUCUGUUUUGUAAAAAGUUGUUUUAAAUGGUCACAGAGUGUUUUUUGUUCUCAAAGUAAGAACGACUACUUUGUAUGAGAAAGUUGCAACAGGAAGCAAACAAGGAACAAAAAAAGUUCCAGCAGCUCCUUUUGCAAAUCCUUCAGCAAUGCAGCGCCAGCUCCUCACAGGAGCCUGAGGGAAAAAGAAAACAACAAGAACAGAUAAAAAGCAACCAGAUUGAACUGGAUUAGUAAAAACCUGAAUCUGAAGGAACUCCCCAGCCUGCAAUGGGUGGACCAGACUCCUGAAAGAAGUUGGAGUGCUUCUGACCUAUAGACAUGUGGGCAGAGAUCCCAAUCCUGUGGCACACCCUAGAAAAACACGAAGGUCCCAGAAAGGGUCAGUACUGCACUGUCAGCCAGGUAUGUAUAAGAAUGUGCAAACCCAGAGAAGAGAGAAAAACAGACUCAAAACAAGGGAAAAGACUUCACUGUAUCCAAACCGACUGGAAAAUAAGAGCAAUGCUUUAACUUCAGAACUUAUUAACAUAGGGUGAUAAGAGGAUAGCAAGAGGUGACAAGAAAAGGGGUAAGAAAGGAAUAAACUGAAAGCUGUAUUCCCACAGUCUUGAAUUAAUGAAAAUGCUACUGAAUUAAAAAGUAGUUAAGAAAUUCAGUA